UGUUUCUCAUUUUCACCACUUCAAAGAAUUCCUCCUAGUGUCCAAACCAAUGUUUCUAAUAUAUGUGGGAGUGAUUUUGUGCAUCCUUCAGUGAUGACGCAAAACCUUAAAGCACACAGGGAAAGACCUUGCAAAUGUAAUGAGUGUGGGAAAGCCUUUCUUAAGGGCUCACACCUCAUUAAACAUCAGACCAUUCACACAGGAGAGAGAUUACAUAAAUGUGACAUAUGUGACAAAUUCUUUGGUCAAAGUUCACAGCUUGCAUGUCAUCGUAAAAUUCAUCCUGGAGAGAAAUGUUACAAAUGUAAGGCGUGUGGCAAAACCUUUAACAAUGGCUCCACCCUUGCCAGACAUCAGAUAAUCCACCCAGGAGCAAACUUGCAUAAAUGUGAUGUAUGUGGUAAAAUCUUUGGUCAAAAUUCAUACCUUGUACGUCAUCAGAAUAUUCAUGCUGGAAAGAGAAGUCACCAGUGUAAUGAGUGUGGUAAAACCUUUACUGACAGCUCAAACCUCAGUAGACAUCAGAAAAUUCAUACAGGAAAGAAAUUAUAUAAAUGUGAUACGUGUGGCAAAGUCUUUAGCCGAAAUGCACACCUUGCUGGUCAUCGGAGGAUUCAUACUGGAGAGAAACCUUAUAAAUGUAAUGAGUGUGGGAAGCUCUUUAGUCAGCAUUCACAUUUCAUAAGUCAUAAGAGAUUUCAUACUGGAGAGAAACCUUACAAAUGCAGUGAGUGUGGCAAGGCCUUUAGUGAGAAGGCAGUCCUUUUAAGUCAUAAGAGAAUUCAUACUGGUGAGAAACCUUACAAAUGUGAUGAGUGUGGAAAGGUCUUUAGUCAAAAAUCACAUCUUCGACUUCAUUGGAGAAUUCAUACUGGAGAGAAACCUUUCAAAUGUAAUGAGUGUGGCAAGCUCUUCAGUCGAAAUUCACACCUUACAAGUCAUCGGAGAGUACAUAUAGAGAAACCUUUCAAAUGUUUUGAGGGUGGGAAAGCCUUUACUCAGGUCUCAACCCUCGCUACACAUCAGAAAACCCAUACCUGAGAGAAACUAUGCUCCCCUGUGAAUGGAUUCAAGAAAGAAGAAAUUAAGACAUCCCCUCAAGAACCUGAUUGGAACUAGGAGUUUACUCCCUCCUCUUUUAAUAUGAAAGAA